AAACUUGAUCUCUCUGAUAUUUUCCGAUAUCUGUUUCUUGGUAUUUCUGUUCUCACUUUUAACACUAGUUGCUGCAACCAAUAUGAAGAGUGGGAUUGGUCAUCCAAAAAAAAGUAGGAAUCGUAGGACGCAUAGCAAUCCUUGCCGGUGCAAGGUGGUCGGCCCGACUCUUGGCUUCGUGGCGUUUGCGGUGGCUGGUAUUGUGGAGUGGCCGGUGGGGGCUUUGGUCUAUUGCUUUCGCCACAUGAAGGGCCGCCGCAUCAUGGCUCAUCCAGCCACCGUUGUUUACCCAACCGUCUCCAAUGCAAUUCCGAUUUGAUAACUUCUUAAUUAGUUACUAAAAGCCGCUUGUGUUAACUGUUAAAUCGGUGUCGAUCUUAAUGUGUUAAAGUGCGUAAGCUGUGUGUCUCUGUGUGUGUUUUUUUUUAAUUUAUUUACCUUUUAUAAUCGUCUAUCCAAGGCUUUAUCCCAAUUAGAUUUUCGGAACCACGUACAAAACGUUCCUUUAUAUGGAUAGGAUAAUGUUAGAGAGGCCAAGUGCUAGAAACUUAGACCUGGCAUCUCCAUAAUGACCAAUCGAUCCAACUCUUCGGAUUAUGUUUUUUCUUUUUCUUUUCUUAUUUUGUUCUGUUUUAAUUCGCUUAUCAUGAAUUAUGAUGAUACCGGUUUGUUACUA